AUGCCACAGCCGAAGCGGCAAUGUAAGCGCGUCAAGCUCACCAAUUCGGAACCCGAAGAAUCCCCCGUUGAAAAACUCGCCCCCAAUGGCGAUGUCAUUCUCGUUGUUGGCACGGAAAAGAAGAGGAUACAGAUCCAUUCAGACUUCCUAUGCCUAGUCUCUCCCAACUUCAAUACCAUGCUUCAAAAUCAGUCUACCAUGCCCCAUGACUCUCGCGGGGUGUGUCAGGUGGAGCUCCCCGACGACGAUGGCCAGGCCGUGUCGCUGCUCCUCCGCGCCCUCUACGGAGGAGACCCUCAGCUGGACAGUCUGAAGCCAAAAGAAAUCUAG